AAGAAAAAAAGGAAAUAGCUCCUUUAAGCUUCCAAAAUAUGACUGUCUCAUUUUACACCCUUUAUAUUAUUUUGUGUUAGCACUCACAAAACCAUUGCAUGUUUGCGUUCACAAAUUCCUGACAAAUCACAGAAUCAGUGACUUGGUUCAUCCCCAGGAAGCUCUGCCUGAGUGCUGCUGAAAUACUGCAGGCGUGGGGUGGGUGUUGGAAUCAAGCUUCCCACCUUCACGGCGGCACGGCAAAGCCUGCUAAAAGCAACCCAUUAAUCAGGCAGCAAAAAUACCUUAUUUUUAUGUAGCAGAUGCACAGAGCGUGCAUCUACCCCCUAUUAACGCACACGGACGAGGCACGGCCUGGCAUGUGCAGGCUGCAAUCUCCCCGCGCCAGCAGGAGCAUCCCAGGAACAAAUCCAGCUCCAGAGGGGCAGAAGGCAGCGGCAUUGAAGGGCCACACGCCCCCGGGCUCCUUGUUUUGCGACCCGGCCUGAUGCGUGCAAGCUUGUGUGUCAUUUGUGUGCCCCCCGCAGCUGUGAAACCCCUCAAGGCAGCGUUUGGUGCUAACCCGGGCCGGGGGAAGGCGGCGGCGGCGGCGCCAGGAAGCGGCGGUGCCGCCCGGGGCAGCUCCCGGGAGUCCUCGGCGGGAACGGGAACGGGAACUGGGGCCGGUCCUGGAUGUAGGAAGUAUGAAUGACUGGCAGAGAAAAAGCCCUCUAGACUGGGAAACAUAUGUGAACAAAUUGGUGAAAGUUGUUGCAGUUGAGAAACAUGAAUAUGAAGGAUGGGUUUUAACAGUUGACCCAGUUUCUGCCACCAUUGUCCUCGCAACAUUCACAGAGAACGAGAAAGGAUCUAUAUCGUUCAUUAUGGGCCACGCUGUCCAGGAGGUGGAGAUCCUGCAGGAAGGGGACAGUGACAUGGAGCAGCGCCUCGCCCGCAUCCUCGCGCCCGAGGAAAGCCAAGCCUACAGCGCCGAGGAGCUGGAGAGGAGGAAGAUCGCCUUGAAGACGUGGCUGGAGAGCAACCACAUCCCCGUGGGCGAGCAGGGCGAGCUGGGCAGGACGCUGAGCGUGGCGGGGGUGCUGAGCAUCGAGCCCCCGUACGGCCCCGAGCAGUGCAGCAGCACCAACGAGAUCAUCCUGGCCCGCGUGCAGGGCCUGCUGCAGGGCUUCCUGCAACAGCAGCGCUGAGCCAGGGCUGCUCCUGUCACCUUUCAUCUCCAGGAGCUCUCCUGGUUUAGGAACCCACCUCUUUUAGGAGCUCUCCUGGGUGUCAAUAUUCACUGUUUGCAGAAAUGCUGCGUUUUGGGUACUUUCGUCAUGAUUUUUUUGUAUGCAAAGGAAGGAAUAAUAAAGAAUAAACUCAAAGCACAAGCAUUUUUUCAUGUGCUACUUUUAUUAGAAGCAAACUGUUGGAUAAUGCUGAUGUAUUAAACUGAUUUGU